AUGCCUCCCAAACGUUCGGCCAACCAGGCCCCAUCCACUCCAACAAAGCGUCGGACCCUAGUGUCAGCCUUACCUCCAACUCCAGUCACACCGUCUUCCAAAAUCACCAAAGAACCGGCUCUUCCGACUGUCGAGCAACUUCUGGGUCAAAGCAAAGUGACAACGGACCAGUGGUAUCGCUCAAAAAGUACUCGAGAGGGAUAUGCAAAUUAUGUCAAGGCCGGAAUCUUGUGGUUGGAAAACUGGGUUAAAGAUGCAGCCAGUGCUGAGAAGGACGACAACACCACUAAUGAAAUUUCUGAAGAUACCCAGGCUCCUGACGUAGCUUUGAAAGGCGCAUUUGAAGUCAUCAAGGAGGAGACACCCUUGGCUCUACGCUUAUUCAUUACCUAUAAGUGUGAUCAUCAAGGACGAGGGUUUUCCACUGCCGAAGGGACUCGCUCAGCGUUCAAGAACUACUUCGAAAGGCGAGUAGAGGCGAGUGUUGAGGUUCCUUUGCUUACGCUGAUCAGCAAUACCAGGGUGUUGGGUUGUCAAGGAGAAGGCUGGCGGUUCAAUGCACAUACAAGGACUUGGGAGGGCAACCCUGUCUUUCAGACCGACUUCAAGGUGUAUUUUGAAUCCCUCAAGAAUCGCCAAAACCGUACUGCUACAGCUACUCAGGCCUUGCCAAUGUUACCAAAAGAUAUGAAGAUCAUCAUGGAUUACCUUGAUAACGAAACCUCUAUUGGAGACGUCUCAGAUAUUCAGAAGGCCUACUUUAAAGCCUUUGCAACCACAGCAUUCAAAUUAUGGACCAGAAAUGAAGAGCUAGUCAACUUCCAGUAUGGCGAGCUGACACCACACCAGAUCUCCAGCUCAGGCCAGCAGUAUCACAACUUUCGUCUAAUAUUUCGGAAGACCAAUAAGGAUCCUAACAACGUUCAAAAUUACAUGAUUCCGUCACAGAGUGACAUGCCUGAGAUCGAUUGCUAUGCACAUAUCUCUGCUUGGCUAAAGGUUCUUCGAUCUCAUCUUCAGCGACCUUUGAAAGCAGAUGAUUAUCUGUUUCCAGCGUUGGCUUCAACUGGAAAGCUCAAAUUAGGCGAACCUAUGACACGCGCUGGAAUAGAAAAGUUACUUGAUCUUAUUGUGGCCAAGUCUGGGGUUUUGAACGGACGCAAUGGACGGUUCACUACUCAUUGUUUCCGACGUGGAGGAGCACAGUAUCGGUUUAUGUGGGCUGAAUCAAAGUGGAGUUUGAAGGCGGUGAAGUGGUGGGGUGGGUGGGCGUCAGGUGAAAAUGUCGGAACAAUCAUGCGCUAUUUACUAGAUGAGCUGACAGCUUAUGAAGAAGGCUUCAGCGAUAUUCUCAUGGAUGAUCGAAAAAAUCACCGUCAUGAGAACUUUAUGGGGGUGCCUGAUCCAUCCACUCCUGUGACGCUUCGAGAUUUGGAUGUUUUGGGAAGUAAACUAGGCAAUCACCUAGAGUCCUUGCUUCUCAAUACUCCUGGGCGUCUGGAUCAAUACAAGGAUAGCUCUCACCAUAAUACUCCCCCUCUACCUUCAUUAUUCCCAGCGUUACUUCAAGCUCAACUCUCUGAACAUGCCCUCCCAACGGCAACGUCCAGCACUGAUCCUCCUCCCUCACCCCCUCAAGACGAUGAACCUUUAAUUUCCGAGGUGGAUUACGUACUUCUGGGAUCAAAACCGACACGCAUACCAGUUACUCAUACGAUGGACGACGUAAUUAGGUAUUGGUUAUUCGGUGACCCCGCAAGAGGGCUUAUUGUACCCUUGCAGCAUUGGAAAGCAGCAUUUUCCCCCAAGUCUUACAAAUCUGAAGCUCAGAAACUCAGCAAUAUUCGUCUUUUAUAUGAAGAGUACGCAGGAUACUGUGGAGGAGAUCAAGAAACAUUUAAAAACUACUACCCGGGGACAUGGUCAAAGUUCUCUGACGCACUAAGGAUAGUACGGAUAGCUCGCAUAGAGCGGGGAGAUGCAAAGCCUAGACGUAGUAGAAAAUAA